AUGCACUAUAAAAGGGAGAGGCUCCUCCACGGAGGUUUUAGCACGCGCAACAAGAACAAAAGCACAGACAUGGCUCCUUGCUCCUCGAACCCUUGCUGCGUGCCGGACACGGCCAAAGAUGGCGUCAAAUUGAGAAAGCCCAUAGUGGAGAAACUGCGGCGAGACCGCAUCAACACCUGCAUCGAGCAGCUCAAAAACAUCUUGGAGAAAGAGUGCCGCCAACAGGAGCCCAAAUCCAAGCUGGAGAAAGCAGACAUCCUGGAGAUGACCGUCAGCUUCCUGAGGCAGGAGUUGCACAAGCGGCAGCAUCAUCAGCAUCAUCAGUCCACCUCCAGCAGCGAUGGCGGCGACUUCAGCCGAAGCAAAUCACACCGCCGGAGGGACUCUUUGCACUUCCUCUCCGCACAGCAGCAGAUGAUCCAGAAAAGCUCCUCCCCAGUGUGCUCCUCCCACAAAGGAACCAGGCUGCAGGAGAGCGGCGUAUGGAGGCCUUGGUAGACUCACCAUGACACCUCUCCUCACUUUUUGUGAAAUAUGCAUUUCCAACCUUGCUCCGUCAUGGAGUUCCUAAUAUUGUAUCAUCACAUUGAUGACAUGAUGUUUACGGUGCAGGCCCAAUGU